AUGAAAGAUCCUCAGUCUCUUGUGGAUUUAGAAUCCUGCAGCAGCCCACCAUCUAAGAGCAAGAGCCAAAGAUGUUUGUCUUGCUCUAUGUUACAAGUUUUGCCAUUUGUGCCAGUGGACAACCCCGGGGUAAUCAGUUGAAAGGAGAGAACUACCCCCCCAGGUAUAUCUGCAGCAUUCCUGGCUUGCCUGGACCUCCAGGGCCCCCUGGAGCAAAUGGUUCCCCUGGGCCCCAUGGUCGCAUCGGCCUUCCAGGAAGAGAUGGUAGAGACGGCAGGAAAGGAGAGAAAGGUGAAAAGGGAACUGCAGGUUUGAGAGGUAAGACUGGACCACUGGGUCUUGCCGGCGAGAAAGGGGACCAAGGAGAGGCUGGGAAGAAAGGACCCAUGGGACCAGAGGGAGAGAAAGGAGAAAUAGGUCCAGUUGGUCCUCCUGGACCAAAGGGAGACAGAGGAGAACAAGGGGACCCGGGGCUGCCUGGAGUUUGCAGAUGUGGAAGCAUCGUGCUCAAAUCCGCCUUUUCUGUUGGCAUCACAACCAGCUACCCAGAAGAAAGACUACCUAUUAUAUUUAACAAGGUCCUCUUCAAUGAGGGAGAGCACUACAACCCUGCCACAGGGAAGUUCAUCUGUGCUUUCCCAGGGAUCUAUUACUUUUCUUAUGAUAUCACAUUGGCUAAUAAGCAUCUGGCAAUCGGACUGGUACACAACGGGCAGUACCGGAUAAAGACCUUCGAUGCCAACACAGGAAACCAUGAUGUGGCUUCGGGGUCCACAGUCAUCUAUCUGCAGCCAGAAGAUGAAGUCUGGCUGGAGAUCUUCUUCACAGACCAGAAUGGCCUUUUCUCAGACCCAGGUUGGGCAGACAGCUUAUUCUCCGGGUUUCUCUUAUAUGUUGACACGGAUUACCUAGAUUCCAUAUCAGAAGAUGAUGAAUUGUGAUCAGGACCAAGAUCCCUGUGGUAGACACUCUGAUUGAAUCCGGGGUUCCAGAAGGUGGAACAAGCAGGGAUGGGAUCCAAAGAGAAUCCCACUCAGAUUCUAAAGCAUUUAAAGACAAUUCUAACAGAAUUUGUCAAAACAAGAUGAAACACAGAAAAGUUGAAACCACAACAAAAUGAAUUCUAUUAAAGAAUAGCCCCAAAUAUAAAUUCUCUUGAAAGCAAUGUUCAUAAAUAUUUAAGCAAAUUAAAGACAAUGUUAACAAAUUUUCUAUUAAAUGCCCUGAGUGAUAAAACCAGUUGGCAAUAAUAUUGCCUUAUUAAAUCUUCAAAAAAUA